AUGUUCAGGUAUGGUUUAGUAGGAAUUAUUGCAACUUAUGGUGUUAUAGCUGCAAUAUUUGGAUAUAUAGGUAUUAAUAUUUUGAUUAAUGUAGGUUAUGAAUUAAAUAAUAUUAUUGAAAUCUCUCCGAAAAUAGACAACGAAGUAUUCACUUGAAUUUAUUAUAGUUAGCUUCUUAAGUUCUUAAUUCAAGCAAAUCUCCAAAUAUUUCAAUUGAUGCGAAGACUGACAUGAAGAGAGCUGCAGCUAAAUAAAUUUUAUAAGACUAUUAAACAAAGAAGAAGGAUCCAAUUGGAGUAUUUGAAUAAAUCGAACAAAAAUAAUCCUUAAUUUAAAGAACCAGAUAUUUGAUUAAUUUAUUUAUUAUGAGUUAUCUAUAUUUUGGUACAUUACCUUCUUCAGUUUGUACUUUUGAGUAAAAAUUUUCAUUAUUUUCUAAUAGAUCAAAUACUAAAUAAAUGGAAAUCAUUCAUCCAAGUUGGCCAUCAAUGUGGCCUAGAAUGCUUACUGAUGGCAAGUCUAUAGUAAUUAUAUCCUAUUUUAAUUUAGGAUUUUGGACAUACACCUAUGCAUUAAGAUAGCUCAACACAUUAUACAUAGUAUUUACAUAUAAUUAUACUGUUAGUAUGCGACCAUUAACAAAGAAAAUUAAGCAUUAUUUAUGGGAAUGUGAAGAGGAAAAAUUUUUUAUAAGGCUUGUUUAAU